AUGAAGGACAUCAAUGAGGCAUUUGAGAUUCAGGGCAAUUCUAAUGACUCUAAUGAUGAAGAUAUGCCAGAUUUUAACGAGGAAUUGGAUUUUAUGAUUAAGAGACAGAGAGUGAAGCAGAAAUUGUUGGUGGCGAUACAGACUCUAAUUCUGAGGAAAAACAGAUUCCUUUUGUACAAGAAGGUUGCUUCUAGAAGUCCAACCAUGGUCAAGGAAGGUGAGCGGAUUGUUGUUGUUGCCACUAAUGUUGAUGAGAUCUCUUUAAAUAUCCCAGGGAUAAAUUAUGCAAAGAGGAAAACAAAUGAAGAUCAGUCACCUUAUGGUCCUGCAUCUGAACUUGAGCUUGGAGGUGGAGCUGAGGCUGCAAAUGUUGGAUUUUGUCGGAGAUUUUGCACAGGUCAGCGAAAAGUUAUGUUUCAUUAUCUCUUGGACAGAAUUGAAAUGAAAUGCGUUCAUCCACUGUCAGUCUCAUAUCCACAGGCAAAACCUGAUGCUGGGAAGUGGUAG